ACAGCCAUGCUGGAGGACGACCUCGGGCCCUUUGAAUCUCUCGGCCUUUGUAUAUCUGCCUUGCCAGAGAUUGACCCUAGAUUUAGGAUUCCAAGGCUGGCCGAACAGCCGCAGAAUCCUAUCAUCGAAUCUCUUCAACUAUGGCAUCGCAGGUCGAAUAAACCUCUACCUGAGGCUGAGGCAUCCGCUGUAGUUGAAGAUAUACUCGUACAACCAGAGCCAGAAAAUCUAUCUGAGAAAGACCUUUGGAUGGGGCUAUAUGAUCAGGAGCAUACGCUUACGAAUGCGGCGAUGUCGUGGGACACAGUGCGACACAAUGGUGUACCAUCGACUUCCCCGUUUCUUUCCGAGAGGCCAAGCUAUACCCUUGCAGCCGCUCGCCAGAUCGUACUCCCCAUGUUUCAGGAUCAAACGAGCCGUGUAUUCCACGUUGCUCCCUGCGAGUUGCUCGAGUAUCUGGUGAUGUCACUAACCGGAAUAUCGUCCCCUCUACAUGUAUGGAAUCCGGAGACGGAGACGUUCUCCCUAAGAGGUCAGGCUGCAGCGGAACUGGAUAAGAUCUCUAUAUCAUCCAUGGAUGAGGUCGCGAGUCUGAGUCUACUUGAGCGAUUUCUAACAAUUGCUACUCUGAUGCGCCGAUUGAACACCUUGACGUCCAAGCUCAGGGACAGCAGCGGCAAGACAUGUCAACAUCUUCAUGCUUUCGGACACUCACUCUCUUCCGUACUGGCUUACCUCCAGGCUACCGUGCUUGAGCUGUCUUCGUUGACUCCGACUGGGGAACCAACUAUACACGCUCUAACCGCACUAUGGACCGCCUGCGCGGAUGUAGAACAACAAGUCCGAGACAUGGCCACGCUGUGCGGAAGAAAUAUGAAUAUAACGCCUGCCCAAUACGUAGACCUCCCUCCGACGCCUUCGGAGCUUCUUUCCGUCGUUUACGAGCACCUCGAACGUCACUUGGAGAACAGCUCAUCGCGCACGACUACCGCUAUCUGUGCUUUUAUUUUGACUUCUGUGUCUGCUGAUUACUUCGAGCGUAUCUGCUACACAGUAGGCUAUUAUUCGAAAGGUGUACUAGCAAGUCAACCGAGGCAGACAGAGAGGGUGGGCUCUGGUCUAUUCGACGACGACGAACACGAAGCUGACGGGGGCGAUGCCGAAGGGAGUUUUUUGCAAAACGAGCUAUUUCCGUGCUUCUUCACCUCGCACUUCUCACAAUCUCUCUUGCGCGCAAGACGAUCCUUGAAGCUUCUCCAAGCCGCCCGUCCAGAUUGUCUGAUACUUGCUGGCUCAUGGACGCGGCGCAGACUGCGAUGGUUUUGGUCUGAGGAAGAGGUGAAAGUAGCCUGGCUGGACGUCGGCAGCACCAAUUCCAGCACUUCGCACUCCCCGACUCUACCCAGCAGUCCCAUUGGUGCCCCCUCAAGCGCACAGGAAGUGGGCUACAAGGCUGAGAUUCAAGCUUUUAGCCUAUUCGAUCUCGAACCCGGGACACACCUCCGCUUCCAUGCUGGGCCUUCCCUAACGUCCACAACGAAUGCCUUCCUCAGUUUCCUUGUCCACUUCCCCGCGCGCCUCCCUUUCCUGACACCAACGCUCUCAACACUUCGCGAUCUCGUUCUUACCCCUCUGUUCUCACAUAUUGACGCGAUCUCCACGGAACUGCAAAACGUCUUUCUGUCCACUUCUGCUGGCUUUCUCGAUUUUCGGCGACAUCUCAUUUUGCUGCGCUCCUAUCUCUUGCUCACGUCUUCCGCGUUUAAGAGCCGCCUCCAAGCGGCGCUCUUCUGCGACGCGCCAGGAGUGGCUGCAGCAGGCAUGGCGGCGCGGAGCAUGGCAGUGCGUGCUCGGGCACCGCGUCCGUCGCCAACGAAGCAUAGUGCAGGGUCGUCGUCCGAUACAUGGGUCAUAGGUCUCGCGCCGGCCUUGACGGAAGGAAAUAGCUGGCCACCAGGCGGGUCAGACCUCAGCUUUUACCUCCGGACAGUGAUCAUUGACGCAUUAAACGCUGAUCAUAAGUUGGGAGAGAAGAUGGACGAGGACAGAGAUGCGAGAAAGGAUCAGUUGCUCGAAGAAGCGGAAUGGAGGCUGGGAUUUGCUAUCCGGGAUCUGCCCGUGGCCUCUCGCGCUCGGUGGCUGAAUCCAAAGAGUAUGGAGGCAUUUGACUUCUUAUACAUGAACUAUCAUCCACCGCACCCGCUAGACGCGCUCAUACCGCCGGAUGUACUGUCAAAAUACCAUCGCGUCUUCGCUUUUAACCUUCGCCUCAUGCGCGUGGAGAACGUCACCAAAGCCCUCUUUCGCAUGACCCUUGAGCAAGACUCAAAGCAGCCCAUCUUUGAGACCUUGACAUCGUCGCGACGGCUCUUCCUGUACUUUCGCUUCGUCGCGCAUGCAUUUGUCAGUGCACUUUCGUCGUAUGUGUAUGACAUCGCAAUAGGUGGCACAUUCGACACCUUCCUUAACUCUCUCUCCCCACCUUCCGCCGAGUACCACUCGCAGACUGCAGCGUCAUCAAAUACAGGAUCCAAUCCUUCGUUCCCGGACGUGUUCGUUCUCGCCGAACGUCACUCCAGUGUGCUCGACGAUAUCCUGAGCUCGUGUCUGCUUCGGGGAAGUCAGAAGAGCGUCGGCGAUGUUCUGCGUAGUGCUCUCGAGCUAAUUUUGCAAUUUGGGCUGCUCAUGGCCGAUCUCCACAACAGUAAGAUCCAAGAAUACGAGGCUGCUGAGCCGCUUGAAGAGCUAUUCAGUACGUUUAGACGAAAGCUAGUUAUCCUGCGCAAAGGAUUGAAGGCGAUAAUCGACGAGACGGCUGCGCUGGAUGUCACAGAGAGCACUGAGAGUGCACAUUUUUAUGUUCUCUCGGGGUCGCUGCCCGGCGUAGCGACGAGCCUCCAUGACCUAUUUACACGCAUCGAAGCUCCUGAGACGUGGCAACACUAGAAGACGAGAUGUCGGCUAGCUAAUACGAUCUCGUAUAUCAAUAGUCAACAGCUCAUUGACAUCAUAUUGUAGUUUACUAUACAACCGCGGCCUCUUACAUGCUUAAGCGAGGUGGCACAAUUCGUAUGGUUCCAUCCGCCACUUUCGGCGCUACAAACGAGAAAAGCGAUUACAUGAGGAUACGAAGCGCGAGAACUUGAAGUGAUGAGAUAGUAAUGUACAGGCGAGGCCGAAAUGACGUAGUGCAGCAGGGUUCGCUGGAAUAUGUGAUAUGGACCGAGGUGGUUAAGAUAGUGACAAGAGAUGGGAACAACGAAGCAAAUAUUGACAAGAGGUACGUAGGCCAGAUGGAGAUGCGCAAGAAGCAAGAGGAGAUUGUGAACUCCGAGAAAGACAGUUCCAGGAAGUGAGAACAGACAUUUUAAAAUGUUUCCGGUCGGGAACAAAGCAUCAUUUUUGAACGAUGCCGAACGCUAAAUGGGUAUCCUGUGGGCUACCGCUAGAAAAUUUGGCCCUAGUUUCACGCGCAAUGUGUACACGCUCCUUCUCGAAGAGGAUGCGGACUUCCUCUUCCAUUAGGUCGUCCGUCACUGGCGCAGGCGUGUCCUUCUGACCGCCCCGGAUACCGAGACCACGAACGACCUCGUCCACCCUGGUACCCGCGAUGAGUUUGACCUCCCGUGUGUUUGUCAUGGAGGACGCUUUGACACCGCCGAAGGAAGUUGAGCGCGUGAGACCGCGCUUCGCCGACUUGCCAGGAGUAGAUGGAGUAUUGGCCACGCCAGACAGCUCAAGGAGACCGACUGUCUCCAACAGACCGAGGAGAUCAACGAACUCACUCCUCGAAACGACGGUGAAGAGACCUUCGUCCGAACGCGACAGUAUGAUCUUGUAAUAAAGGAAUAGCUGGUUUGUAUCGACAGCCGACGCUGAAGUCACGUCAGGUGAACCGGAGGAGGGCUUGCUUGGGGUACGAGGGACUGUCGAAGAUGGAACAGGGGAUUUGCCGCCUAGAGUUAGACCGGCAUCCAUCCUUUGGCGAGCAAGGACCAUGGCAAGAAGUACAAGACGUGCUUGCAGACCGAGUUCGCGAACCUUAACGACAAUCUCGCUGUCUGUUGCCUUCUUGGACGCAGCGGCCGCGGCUCUGGACGUAGUGGACGCAGGGCUGUAUGCUUUCAGUGCAGAGAGAACAUGAGUAGGCGUCACUGGUGGUGUGGACACUUCCAGGGGGUUAGAAGUGUUGAUCACUGGUGAGUUAACGGCAAUGUUGAUGGCACCACGCAAGACCUCGAAGACAGCACGAGCAUCGCCAGUCAUAGCGGCAACCUUCUUCGUUAGGAGCAUCAGUGUCGGGUGAGGGAGGAAUUUAUCGAGCGACUCGGCCGACGCUGAGCUCAUCGCGUUCUUGAGAGGCGCCAAGCGCUCUUCCACAAUCUCCAAAAGUUCUUCAGGGGUGUAUGGGGAGAAGUGCAUGGUUUGAACACCAGCUAGAGCUUCCAUAGAAGCCAGGGUAGCGGACGAGGACGAGGACAAGGUGUGGGUGUUCGCGAUGCCAAUCAGACGCAGCGACGCGGUAUGCGACUGAGCAAGGGUGAACAGGGAAGUCAGAGCUUGCGAUGAAGAAGCGAUGUGGUCGACCUCAUCGAGCAGAACGAGGCUAAGGAAAGGAUGAGC